AAAAACAAAAUCCAGAGAAACAAAAUGUUUUUGAAACGCUCGCAACAUCCCAACAAAGUACAAGAUAAGAAAAACCGAAACAAAGAAUCAACGGAUUGGAAUAAAAAUAAAAGUAAAAAACGCUCGCAACAUCCCAUCAAAGUACAAGAUAAGAAAAAAACGAAACAAAGAAUCAACGGAUUGGAAUAA